GACCACAUGCAGUUUCCGUGAUAUUUCCUGUUUUCGAGGUUGGACUUUAACCUGCAUAUUGUUGCAGAUUUGUUGUUGUAUGUUACAGGUGAGUUAGUAUAAUCUGCAGGUAUGAGUGCAGUGAUCCCCCGGAUAGAGCAGCUGUCCACGCGCGUGGUUCGGGUUUUGGGGUGCAACCCGGGACCGAUGACCCUGCAGGGAACCAACACCUACCUGGUCGGAACCGGGGAAAGGAGAGUGCUGAUAGACACUGGGGAAUCAGCUGUUCCUGAAUACAUCAGCAGUCUGAAGCUCGCUCUGAAACAGUUCAACACCAGCAUUCAGGAGAUCAUCGUCACUCACUGGCACCACGACCACAUCGGGGGGGUGGAGGACAUCUGCCGGGACAUCACUG